AUGAACUACGAGCAAAGACUGAUCGCAGCGGCAAAGUACGUCUUCGCCAAAGAAUCAAUCGACGGAGACCCGCCGAUGAACCCCGCCGAGUUCGGAAUCACGGCGACGCUCAAACCUCACCAAGUCGAAGGAGUCUCAUGGCUUAUUCGAAGAUACCUUCUCGGCGUCAACGUCAUUCUGGGCGACGAGGUAAAUUUGAUUUAUAAGAUGUAG